GCCGGAGCCGCGGCCUCGUCCGCAGGCGCAACUGCAGGAACCGGUCUGGAGAGCAUGACGCUGCAGCGCACGGCCAUUACGACCGGACACGUUGCGGAAAAAGUGUUUGAGAAGGUCGUGGAGAACAAGUUGCAGGAGAUCUGGAAACCGAUUGAAAACGACAUUUUGACCAAAGUGCAGCAAAUGUUUGACACGAUCCUGCAGGGAAUCUUCGGCCGCGACUGGCUCUACAACGGGGGGACCAGCACGAUGGUUGGUUCGUCGCACGACCUGAGCAAGGGCCAGAAUUUGAACACUUUGUUUGUGCAGCUGCUGGCGGUGAAGAACAACGACAUCGCGGACGUGAAAAAUGAGAUUGAGGGCAUCAUCAACAACAGCAUCAACACCGAGACGGACCUGACGCUGUUCAUGUCGAAGGGGUUGAAAGACUCGUUCUCGCAGUACUUCAAACCCACGCUGGAUGCCGGCAUCGAGCAUGGCUCGGGGGCGGUCCUCGGCAAACGCGCCUCGGAGAAACGGUUGGCGGCUCAAGACCAAAAGGAGGAAGACGCUGACAGGGAGGAACAGGAAGACAAGGACUAUGAGGAGGAAAUGAAAGCGCAACAGCAAUAUCUAAACGAGAAGGAGAGAGGCGGGCUCGACAUCAAUAGCCAAGCGGAAAAAAAGAUUCAGGAAGAGGAGAAGGAGAUCGCGGCUCUCGAAAAACGCCACGGCGGCGCGCAAGAGGAAAGUAAGGGCACCAAAAACUGGAGCAAACAGUGGAAGAAGUACUACAAAACGGGCGGCCAGGUCCUGGCGGGACUCCAGUUGGUGACCUCGUGGCGGCGCAUUGUGCAGCAGACCCUGAUUGGUUUUCAGGAGCGGUUGGCCACGCAGGUCGACCUCGCGAAACUGACGGAGCGAACGGCGGGCAGGCUCGGAAAACGCAAGAUGCC